CGGACGAGCUACGACGAGUUCCGAUGCUCGGGGGCUUCGAGCAACGAGAUCGAUGGCGUCGAUGAGCUCUGCAGGAGUUCCUGCGCGUCCGACUGCUCGUCGGAGGUUGAUUUGGAGCGCGGGAGUCCGGAGGCAAAGGCGAAUCUGGAGAAAACUGAGAAGGAUUGCAGAAUCUGUCACCUAGGGUUGGAGAGCAACGCGCCGGAGUCGGGGAUCGCCAUCGUGUUGGGUUGUUCUUGUAAGGAUGAUUUGGCCGCCGCUCACAAGCAAUGUGCUGAGACUUGGUUCAAGAUCAGAGGAAACAAGACAUGCGAGAUUUGUGGCUCAACAGCAAAGAAUGUAGCGGGUGCUGGAGAGACGGAGUUGGUUGAAAGCUCCAAUGAAACAAGCAUCAACAUAUCAGUUCCUUCUCAAUCCACCGAAGCCCGUAGCUUCUGGCAAGGGCACCGAUUCCUCAACUUCUUGCUGGCUUGCAUGGUGUUUGCAUUCGUCAUUUCCUGGCUUUUUCACUUCAACGUCCCUGGCUAAUUACCCCCCCACAGAGAAACCACGGUGGCGUCUUCUAUGUAUAACAGUAAAGCAUUGCUCUUGUUCUCAGUUGUUCUUGAUCACCCCGUAACGAGCCACUAGAGGGGCGAAGAAUUUGCGUUCUCUCGUGUUGGGAGUGAAUUCGUUUUGACGGGUGAGUUUGUUUCGGUGAUUCUACGGCGAAAAAAUUUGAGGUUUUACCUAUCCGAUCUCACUUGGGUCACUUGUCUCGUUCAUACUUGGUUGGGAGGGGGAGAUGCUGCAUUGAUAUUUCUGGUCGGUGCAGGGUCAAAAUGGGGGAACAUGAAACCUGCCAACUUUUAUGUAUUAUGAUAUAUUUGUCUGCGGUUUUCUUGAUUUCUUCCUAUGACGAAUUGUAUUUCUCUUUCGAAUGAAUGGAAAUUUUAUAUCUUCAUUUC